GGGCAUUGUACAGCUACAAGCAUUUCACCCCCAUGUCAUACUGUGUAUGGUUGUGUGUGUGACAAAUAAAAUUUGAAUUUGAAUUUGAAGAAAUCCAGAUUUACCUCCUGAAGCCAUUCUGGCUAUUGUUAGCAUGCACAAGGUUUACUCUCUUUAUAACAGCGUAUGAUUUAUAUAAAGUCAAUUAAAUAUCUUUGGGUUCGGCUGUUCUGGUCAGACAAAAAAUUAAUUGGUAAAGUCAAACCCUACCUCCUUCAGUCCUCACGCUGAAGCAUCCUUGGGCAAGAUAUUGAAUCCGGACUUGCCCCUGAUGCCUCCAUCAGAGUGUGAGAGAGUGUGUGACUUAGGCUGAGAGCUUAGGCAUAGAUCAAAGCACUAUACAAUUAAGGUGAAUGAGACUUGUAGUAUAAAGUGCUUUAAGUUUUCAGCUGAGUAGAAAGGAGCUACAGUCCAUAACAGUCCAUUUACCAUCUCAAGCUUGGAAAUAAAUGUGAUUGGCUCUUCUUUUAAAAAUGCACAGUUUUCCUAUACUUUAUUUUUUGCCCUUUUUUCAGCCUUUUCUGCCUAGUGAAGUUUUACAAGGGGAAUAUAGAGAGCAUGUUGUGAUUUUUCCAUGGGGUAAUACAGGAUCUUGUACAGUAGCCUGUGUUAGAGUUCAGCCCAGGGUGUAGGAACUACUUCAAAGCCUUCGGCUACACCCUGUGGUUAGUGUAAAGCCAGGCACAUGCAAGCUAGAGUGUUCGCACAAACCUUGCAGACAGUUAAUAUAUACAGCAUUUAUUGUAAGGCAGGCACACGCCCUCAGACAGGCACAAAUUUAUUUAAGUCCAUAAAAACACUUGACUGCGUGUAACCCCUAAAUUCCCCCCACAGUCUUAGCAUCAGCCUCCUUCACCCACCCCUCCACUUCCUCUCUUUUCUUUCUCCUCAAAUCACGUCUCUGUUUUAAACUGGCCUCUCUGAGGCAUAUUUCACAUUUGAGGCAUUUCCUGUGCUCUGCUCAUAUCUGAGAGGAAUGACAGUCCGAGAGUAGCGCACUCAGGCCAUCUUUAGCCUGCCAGUGUGUGUGUGUGCAUGUAUUAUGUGAAUGAUGGAACAAUAUAUACCCCCCUGAGGCCUUCCUGCUGGGUGGUAAAGGGAAAAAUCCAUCACACUCGAUAUGUUAUCCUGUGGUGGUCCAACUGUUGCACAGGACUGGACAUUCCCACGCACUCACUGUAAGUUACAGGACACAUUUUGAGGUUUUUGUUAUGAAUGGCAAGCCGGUCAUUGAGAUCGUCUGACGCUCUCUUUUGGCAAAUGGACCGCCUGCUAUUUACUCUUGGCAGCGGCAAACAAGUACGGCUGCACUUUGACAAGCCACUCAGGCUUUUAUGCUCUCAAGAGCUUUUCACCAACCUUCUUGCAAUUGUGCCUUUUGAAUAAUGAUAGGGUGACUGUGUCAAUAUAAUAAACAGUUUCCUAAGACAUUAAUGGAUCACAGUUCAUCUGGUGUGUGGAUGUAAAAGGAGUAAGGCACCCUCUUUGUGGAGGCAGAUAUGUUCUACUGUUUGUCAAGGGGAAAAAUAAUCUGCUUUCAUGCCAACCAUUAAAGCAUUUAGCUUGUUAGACUGAAUAACUGAUGUUGCAGAGCAUGAAACAGGCAUUCAGGAAGUAACCAUCCAUUAGACAGGUCCUCUGGGAACGACAUGCCUUCGUUUAUUCAUGUUUUGUUCCUCCUAGCUUUCACAUUAUAUUAGCAACUCUGGGACGAUAGUCAGUCUUUGGUUCAUAAUGAUUUUUAUAAUUGGCUCUGACAAGUCAAUAUGUUUUAUUUUCACCCUCAUAUUGGCUCAAUAAGGCCUGGUCUUCACUGUUGGUCAUUUUUUAUGUUUUAUUUUAUUAUUUAAGGCAGAUGUGAAAGGGGAUUGAUUUUUGCUUAUCACCAGCUCUUUCUAUUUUUGGACCCUAAUAGAGUCGCAAUUCAAAAGAAUCCUUAUUUAUCUUAUUCCUGGAUGCUUCUGGUCACAUUUUAACUCCCUGCCACCUUCCUUAAACAAUUCGGUCACAACAGAGUAAAAAUAGGACGCCAACCUCCUCACGACUUGGAAAAAAAUCAGUGAUGGCUGGGUGAUUGGAUGUGACUUUUUUGCAUUUGGCAGCCAACUGCAAGUAGUUGCAGCCACCAACUGGUUGGUCAGAGAGUGAACAUUCAACACCCUCAACCUCUGGGGUAUCACUUUCACAGGGCGAAUGCAUAGAUCACCUGGCGAGAGGCAACCUGUGUCCAGACAGCUGUGGUCUGAAUUGGACUGGUCUAAUUUAUAAAUGCAGACAAAUUGCCAGCAUGCUGCAAUUAAUCUGAGUCAGUCAGUUCAGAUGAGUACAGCUUGUCUGUGACCCAUCUCUUUGGAAUAAAGAAACAAGACUCCCAAGCCCCUUUUUGAAUUUGCAGAUAAAUUGGCAUCCUGCAGCAACUAUGUCACUAUUUAUAGUCACUAUUUUUAGUAUUUCUGGUUAAAAUCUAUGAGUUUGUGGCUGGACUCUGAAUGUAAGAAGUUAAUGUGAAUAUCUUUGCAUAUAAACAACAACAGACUUUUGUUUUUCACUGUUUCAUCACAGUUCAUCACUGUAAUAUCACAAACAGAUUGCAUGUAACUGCCAAUGUGAUUACAUCCAAUCACAAACUGAUUAGCAGACUGUGUCCAUCCUAUUUAUCACCGUCUCCAUACAAUAAUGCAUGAAGACACUGGUUUCCCUUUGUAUCACAGAUUCAAAGUAGAAAACACUGUCUGCAUCCUGAGCUCUUGACUCACAGAGAUUAAUUUGUUUUAUUAAUUCAUUCAUUGUCUUAAAAACUCAUGUGGUUAUUUGGGUAUUUAAUAUGAGUAUCCGCUAUCUGCAGUAUAUAAGGAAAAGCAAACAUUUGUUUGACUGUGAUAGUUUCUUGUAUUUAUGUGCUUGACUCUUCUCAUGAUAAUAAAGUAUCUACUUUAUAGUAGCAGCUAAAGAAAGACCACAAAAGAACAGUUUUCUGAGACAUUCUGCUCCUAAAGUGAGUUGAGACUGUACUAGAGCUAUUAAAAUCACUGAAACUACGAAAAUGUUCCUGCAGGUCAGAAAGCAAUACAUGACUACAUAGAAGCAUAGAUGGUGACAGAAGUAGCUUUUAGGCAGUCAAGGCUUAAAUUCAACAGAAGGACAAGAUUUUUUUUCUUUUUUUUCCUUAAAGUGUUGACUGGUGUCUGGUGUACUUCACUGCAGAGUUUAGACUAAGCGAAUAAGGUGGGGAGCAAACGUCAAGCUCCUCAAGGAGACCUGAACAGGGCAUUGGAAUUUGAGAUUGAAGUUUUAAAGGUUUAAACAGCUGAAUUGAACAUUUUGCUGACAGAAUCUGUGGCUUUUAAGUGUAGAGUUACCUUUGCUGAUGACUGAAGCUGUCAUUGUAAGCUUAACCAUGUUAUUAUGUUUCCUAGGCUGACUGGAAAGUCCACAAAGCAUGCUGAUAGAGACCUGAAUUUGUGCUGAAGUUUAGAAAACCCCUUUUUUAAGUUUAAUUUUUUACUAAUACUGUACUUUCCUAACUGGUAAGAGAUGUGAUGGAAAUGAUCUGCGUCUCAAGGGACUCCAGGCUUACCCUUAGAUACAGCAAAAGAAGGCCACCCAGGAAAGGUAGUUUGGUAUCUGACUAGGCUGGGUCCUCAACACUUUCCGAGUGAUUUUUUUCAAUGUAUGUCCAAACACUAAGAGAAUGGGGAAGACCAAGGACAUGCUAUGAUUAUGUCUCUCGACUGGCUAGGGAGCUUGGUGGAAAACUAUUGCUGGGAAGAGGGAAGUCUUAGCAUUUGUACUAACACUGAUGCCCCUCCAUAUCAGGCCCAGAGAAAUGGCAGAACAUGGAUGGAUGGUGUGAACCAGCAACAGAGUAACCUAAAAAUCUUAACUGAAGUGCAGAUAGUUGGAAUCUGAAAUUAGGAUGUUACCAGACAUGAAUAUAAAGCAAGGAACAUUUGUGAGCUAUAGGAUUGUGCAGAAUAAUUGUCUUUGCGGUAAAUCAGUGGAUGUCUAAUGACUUCUUAUGGUGUCUGCAGCGCACACGGCUCGGAUAAGAUGUCACGCAGUGGUGUUUGUGUGAGUCACGCUGUUGUGUCUAUAUACAGAAGGCUCUUAAGGGAUGGAGCGGAUCAGCUCAUAUGUUUGGUCUGAACAUAGUCACCUUUGACCUCUUAACAUCAAAGCGUCCUAGAGCAAACAUCAAUAAGUGAAUGCCUUGGCAGAAACAUAGGAGAGAAAAUUUUCUCCAAUAGGCAAAUUUGAAGCAGAGUGAGACUCAAAACCAGAGAAACCUUUGAGGAAGUUAAUCAAAUUGAUAUUGUACUAAAAGGAGAGACUUUAAUGUAACAAUCAUAAUUAUCCACAGUGGACGAAGUUACUGGUGAUCUCUGGGACGGAUGACUUCCUGCUAACCAUUAAACAGACAGUUAAAUCAGCAGGGAUUUGAGUAAUUAGAUUUCCACGGUCUUAAAUCAAAUUUACUACUUGUUUAAAGCAAACAACAAAACAAGCAGAUGCCGCUGUGUUUCCCUCUAUUUCGAGCUAAAUGGAGCAGUUGUUGUUGUUUGAAUUGGACGUCAGCCUCAUGCUGGAAAGAGAUUGCUCCCACCGUCCUGCUGAUGCUAGCGGUGAUCCAAUCCUCAGCCAUUACUGUGCCAGCACAGGCGAUUAUUAGGUCCACGUCUGGGUGAAAGUAUUAGCGUGGAGUUAACAUGGUAAGAGGAAACAAGGAAACAUAUGAAUGCAACCUUUAUGUUUUUUUAUAAAGCAGGCCAAAAUACUAAAAAAGACUUGGACUCUUAGAUUGGGCUUGAGGGUUUUAGCAUUGUUGUGUCUGCUAUGAUUAGUUAUUGACUGAAGACUUACCUGAUCAUCUUCCAGAGCCAGGCAGGCUAUAAAAGAGUCUCUAAAUCAUUAUCACUGCUCUCUUAUUGAAAUUAAUUCUUUCACUGUGAAGUUCCCCUCCUGAUUGAGGAAUUUGCACUCUUUUACCCAGUGUGACUCUCUUUGUGAUAAGAGUUCGUCUCUACUGGGAUUUUACUUAAGUAUUUCCACUAUUUCAUAUUUAACUCUUCUAUUCCCAUUCAUUCUAGAGGAAAUUUUUAUCAAUGAAUAAAUAAUGCUGUUUGUAUAAAUUUUGUAAGAACAAAUAACAGAACAAGUGUCAACUGCCUCCAUAGACCUUAUAAAACAUAUUGUAGAUGUAGAUUCAUUUUAUCUCAAGGCCACCAGAUGGCGAUAGCUGUGGCUGUAAAAAAGAUAAAUUAAUAAAAAUGGUCAAACGACUUUUUGUCUUGACCUCUCUAAACACUAUCCUGCUGAGUUUAUAGGUGCACGCCCUCAUUUUGGAUCAUAUUCAGUAAUUUACAUCUUAAUCGUACUAGUUUAUACAUUUCAAAAUAGAGGAUUAACUGUAGUAUCAAACCAUAUGCUCACUUGCUAAUAAAGCGUCAGUCAUUAGUCAGUGAACGUGCAGGUUUUACAGUUAGACCCACCCUUCCUUGUAAUUACAGGUAGGUGAUAUAGCCUCAAAAUUAUAUCAAGAAAAUGGCGUUCUGGAGUAAAUGGUUCGUUUAUGGUGCAAGUAGUGAAGAUUAUUGUUUCUGUAUUUAGUUGGAGAAGUUUUCUUGCAUAUUUUGUAGUGUACUGUGUUGUGUUGGAGGAUGUUAAAGUAACUUCUGCUCUAGGGGCUCAAUCAUUAUUAAAGGCUGCUAUAACAAUGAUAUCUCAUUUUUAUAUCUGGGUAAAAUCUCUACUGGUAUUAUUGCUUCGCGGUAUCAGGAAAUACAAUAUGACAAAGCCCUACUUGUAAUCAGGAAACGACAGAAACCGUUAUCUUAGGAAACCUAUAAUUACUCUUUCAUCCUACUGAUGGACCUGCAGUCUAGAUAAACCUGUAGCUGCAAAAGCACCAGUUCUUCAUUGGUUAGAGCAGUCCUCGAGCUUGCAGCAGAGCAAAGAUUGCCAUUAUGAGAUGCAGUCCUGGAUUUGGAGUCCAUCAGACAAUGAAGAUUUUCACCUGCAAAAGAGCUUUGGUGCUUAGUUGGGUUAAAUCUUGUGUUGAAGCAAAGCUGAAAAGCCUUUACAAAUAAAUACCUUGGAGUGUGUGGGUUUGUUACAUUUUUUUGUAUGUAAUGUUGAUGACUUUGAGGUUUGAGCUCUUUCUUGGACAAAGAGCUUUGAGACUGUUGUUUGAUUUUAUAUUUUUUUACAAACCAGUCCUUACAGUAGAUGCUUGUUGGAACCACUUGCAAUCUCAUGGGUGUAAAAUCGCAGUUUCGGGACUCCUGAUUAAUAAAAUAACAUUUUCCAAACUGACCCAUGUAGCUGCUAUGCCACCUCUUUCCAACGUUUCCGGACAGUGAAACAACCAAUCACAGGAGAUUAUAGCCUCGCCUUGAUGGAUGUAAUCUGUCUGACCAAGUUGCAUCAGACAUCUUAGCUGUUGCAUUACACAGCUUUAUAGAUGUGCCGUAAUAAAAAAUUGAUCUGCCUCUUUAAGCUGCCAUUUGUUAUCCUGAUUCAUCUCAUAACCUUUAAAAUGUCAGAAAACAUCGAUGGAACAUCUAAACCUAAGAUUAGCUUUCCACAUUCCCUUUAUCUCACACUUGUUUGACCUUAUUUUCCCAAAGCACUCGCUGUAAUCUUUAAUCAAUAUCUGCAUUCAUAUUAACUCCUCUCAGCACUCUCAUAAGCUACAGCAGUCCGAGUUAUACAAAAUAAAAUGGAGCCGCAAUCACAGCCCUAAUGACACUGAAGCACCGAGGCUGCCAUCGCUGCUGUUUUGUCCUCGAAGCACCUGCAGUAAAUUUGCUCGCUCAGCCAAACGUAAUUUGUGCUAGUGCUGCAUUUUGUUUUUCCUCAUGCUUUCAGAAGAUGAGUUGUCAUCUUUUGGGUAUCUUAUGAUGCUACUCAGGCAAGUCUGUAUAUAUAUCAGUUCCAGUAAUAGUCAGCAGCUGGUUGCUAUCCUGGAGAAGCAGAUGAUGCUGAAUUAGUUCACACUGCAGUGAUUUGCUUUAGAACCUCCCUCAAGUGCUAAUCCAUCCCUGUCUGUGUAUGUGUGCGUUCAGCUUCCAAUCUGGCAGGUGUUUGCUUUAAAGGCAAGAGUUAUAGACUCGAUCAGAGGAGGUACAUCUUGAAAUUACAUUAUUUAAAAGACUUUUCUUCCAGCCUUAUUCUUGUGAUGAUUUGGGUGUUGUCCAGGGAUAUCCAGCAGCUCUUCAUACAGGACCAAAUCAUCCACGUCUAGCUGAAGGAGCCCGGGGUGAUUGCACAGAAGUCACGGUGAUCAGUUCGGCCAAGCCAGAUCAUGAUGACUUGGCUCUGUCCCAGUCUUACAGAAGCCAAACACAACCUUCAUUGACCAACCUGUGCUUCCAACAGUGCAGUGAGAUCGACGUAAUGUUGGAUCAGUCUGCAGAUUUGAGAAGCCGCUGCCUUGCCCCCUCCCCCUUGUGUCCUCUUUGCAGACAAAAAGCUGGAAUAACUGCCCCACCAGAGAAGACGCCUCAGCUCGUCGCUUUCCUAUCUCAUUGAUCACCGACGACAGCUUUUCAACUUCGACACAACAGGUGACCCUUCCCCUCCCCGGAUUCCCAGCAGGCAGGUAUGGCAGACGGUCAGCAGCCAGAGGGGCACUGGGCCUCCAACGGCCAGGAGAAUGGCGAGAAUGGCUACUCCGCCUACAGCUCGGCCUAUAGAGAGAAUGGAUACCACGGGGGCGGGGCGGCUGCGCAUCCUGGGACGUCAGUGGAUGACUCAGCCAAUUUGCCUCCCUCCCCUCCCCCCUCUCCAUCCGCUGAGCAGAUUGGGCCCGUGGCACAAGCCCAGCCAGAAGAGAGAGUCAGUAAACCAUCUUGUGAGUCCACUAUGAAGGAAGAUGAACCGUCGCCACCUGAGAAACAAAGAGCAAAGGCAGAAGGAGAAGAACCUGCCUCGACUGGCCCUCCCCUUCUUUCUGAUAGAGAGAAACUUCUCCCCUGCACUUCCUCAACAGAGCAGGGUAAUCAAGACAGAGAGGGUGGGAAAGAAGAGGUCACUGACAGAAAAUUACUUUCAGAGUCUAAAGAAAAAGAAGCAAAAGAAGUUGUUGUGACAGAGGCCUCAUCAGAACUUAUGGCAGAAGAAAAAGAAGAAGCAGGAAUUAUCUUACCAAGUGAGUCAGGGUCAAAUAUGAAUGAAAGCAAAGAAAAAACUGAUGUUUUUGAGGCGGUCAAUAAGGAGGACCAGCAUGGUGCAAAUGACUGUAGAUUGCAUGACACACCACUGCUCACUGAUAUUCAAAAAACAGACCUUUCGCAAGAAACUCUGACGUCAAGUCCAGAACUUGACAGAUCGGAUGUUUUUGUAGAACACGUGUCAGGAUCAAAAACCUACUUUGACACAUCCAUGGAGGGUCGAGAAGAAGAGUUGCCACAAACCCAGAGCUAUUAUGAGCUCAGCACAACGGCAGAGACAAAAUUAAGUGGAGAUGAUGAAAACAUUGUGCAGAAUAUGGAGAAACAACAAAAGCAAAAUGUCAACACAUCUUCUGGUAAACUGGGACUGGAACAAAGAAGUCUUUCCUUGAACAUUACUGUUGGGUCUUCAGCCGGACAGACAGUGAAGGAAGAGAAAUCAAGGAUCUUCAUGGGAAGCUUGUAUCCAAUCAGUGGAAGCUAUGAUGAAUCAGAGGUUUAUCCGUCAACUCCAUCUGUGGUGAGCCAUCCACCUACAUUUCCACCAGCUGUCUCCAUUACUCCGACUAACACUGAAACACCUGAAAAUAUCCCCACUGUGGCAGAUGAGCCCUUACCUUAUGAUAAGCACACAGAUAGUUCUAAACAAUCAGGAAGCCUCUCUGAGAUGUUGGACCUGGCUGGUGCCCUACCUCGUCCAUCCCUGGAGAGGAUGGAGGUUGACUACAUGAGAAGAAAGUCAGUGCCUGCCAAUGUAUCUGCCCUUGUGGGAAGUUCUUUAGCCAAGCUUGCCUUGACAGAUCAAGCCCCAAGUGUUGUCUCACAAGAAAACCAGCUGGAGGAGGUGGGCUACUGUGUCUUCAGUGAGUAUUCAGGGCCCAUGCCUUCUCCCGCUGAUGUACCCAGUCCCGGGGAUUCUCCACACCAGCGUUUCCCUUCUGUAGAGGGGGAAGUAGAGGAGGAUCUAGGGGAUUUGGAAGCAAAAGAUGUUUCAAAAGGAAUACAACAACAAGAUUACAAAGAGGUUACCCCUGUGAUCUCUCAAAUAUCAGUGGUAGAAAAGAAAGGCUCACCAGUAAAGUCUAACCUGAUCCUUGAAAAAGCUGUAACCAGUGGAAUAAAACCGGAUCGGCUAAGAAUCCCAAUGACUACUUCAAAAGACAGACUGAGUGAAUUUCGUUUGGAGACUGGGUUGCCAGGGAACAUAAAGAUUCAAGCUAUCCCUGAGGUAGAUGUUGAAAAAGACCCAUCAAGAGAAGCUUCGCCUAUCCCACCAGACAGUUCGUUCACUUUCGCGCCUACAGAAACUGGAACCAAGGUUCCUCCAACUCCAACAACUCCCAAGUCCCCAGAUGACACAUCAUCAGAAACCCAAACUGCAGGAGAGAAAGCACAGAAAGAUGACCCAUCAGAGCUAAAAGCAUCUGAAAACGUUGAUAAUAAACAGUCAGAGUUAGACAAAGAAAAUCUGAAGCCUGAGCAGAAAGAAUCUGAAGAAAGAAGUGAUGAACCAGAAAUGCCAAACAAAGACUUGGCUUCAGGAUUAUCUCAGUCUUUAGAAGAGAGCACAGACAAAGCUAAGACAAUCCAAAGUGGGCAACAGACCUCAAACACUGCUCAGGAUUUAAUUACUACAAAGCACACAGAUGAGAAAAAUGACCAAAACCAGCAGCAAAAAAGCAGUCUGGUGAAAGGCUCACCGAAGCUCCAAAUAUCUUCUCCGAUCAUCAUUAUCCCUCAAGCACAAAUAGAUGAAGAAGCAGAGGAGGAAGAUGAUAUUGAGAUUGCAGAGGAGCCUCAAGAGAUAAUGGAAGAAGCCCAAGAGCCGGAUGAAACAAGGAAGAGUCAAACUGAAGAAGCUGGGAAGGAAGAGCAAAAGACAGAACAAGUGAGACUGAUGGUGGAUGACCAGAUGUUGGAAGAAGAUCCAAAGUCUGGAGCAGAAGAAUGGAGUCACAGCGCCCAAAACAGUGACGAACCUGCAACAGACAGUUCGCACUUGUCUCCCUGCUCUGACCACGAGCUGACACAGCAAACAGAGGAAGGAGGCAGAGAAGACAUGGAGGCAGAUAAAAUAGAAGAGGACUUAGACACAGAUAAGGUGAAAGGGAAGACAGACGAGUACGAAGGGGUGAAGAAAGAGGAAACAAAGGAGGAAAAGGAAGGAACGGAAGAUCAUAAAAUGAUAGAAGAAGAGGAUGGAAAGAAGGUGAGGAAGGUGGAGGAGGAGACCUCGGAUGUUCUUAGCCAGACCGAUCAAGCACCUAACGAUGAAACCACCAUGGACGUGUCCAUCCUAGAUACAGACAGUGGCUGGAUGGAUUCACAAGAUGAUGACAAAAGUAUUAUGACUGAGCAAAUCGAAGCCCUUCCUCAGCCCCAGAGCUCGACCAAUAAGCCUGUGGUGGUGGACAGACCCGCUAAACGGGGCCCCGGCAGAUCAAGGGCCACCACUGAGUCUAAAGUAUCCCGCAAAGUACUGAGCCACCAUCCACCAAGAGAGGAGAUAAAGAAGAAAAAAGUAGGCAUCAGGAGGGCUGACCAGAGUAAGGUGUCAGCCCUCCAAAGUCAUUCCCCGUCUCGAAAGGGUGUAGCCAAAGCGGCGGCCAGACAUCCUAGGCCUGCUCUGCUUCACGGCUCUGCUAGACGCAAGGCCACAGGUGUGGAGCACCAUCAGCCCCUCAGUGUGGCCCACCAGUCCAGGGAGAGGACCACUUCUCGACAGAGAAAAUCUAGCCCCACGAGGGCGGUUGUAUUAAAGAUGGCAGUGCAGCGUCGGGGGUUUGAUCGCGAGCCCCCCCGGCCCGGCUCUGCCUGUAGCCUUAAACGGAGCCCCCUCGUACAGGCGGAGCUCUGCGAGGCCCGUCCCUCCUCCGCGUGCUCACGCCCAUCACCUCUGUCUAAGAAAUGGGUGGAGAAGGAGAGAGUGUACCGGAGCCCCGAGAAGAAGUCAUCCCUCCCCAGGCCGGCCAAGUCUCUGACACGCCACAUCCCGGCUGCUGAACAGGAGGACAACAGCACCCCCUCCAGGCCAACCUCGUUCCGAACAGCGGACACCAGGUCUGGAAGAGCCCCUAGUAUGGCAGGUACAGACUCGGCGCGUUCCCGAUCAGUCCACAGUGGCGCCUCCACCCCGGGCUCCUCCGCCGUCACACCCGGCACGCCCCCUAGCUACUCCUGCCGCACGCCCGGCUCGCGCACCCCGGGCAGCCACACGCCCAAGUCCUUCAGCGUCCUCCAGGAGAAGAAGGUGGCAGUGAUCCGAACCCCACCCAAAUCUCCAUCCUCUGUCCAGCGGCAGCUGAAGGUCAUCAAUCAGCCUCUGCCUGACCUGAAGAAUGUGAAGUCCAAGAUCGGCUCCACCUCCAACAUUAAGCAUCAGCCGAAGGGCGGACAGGUUCACAUUUUACACGAGAAGCUGGACUUCAGUCAUAUUCAGCCAAAGUGUGGCUCCAAGGAUAAUCUGAAGCACUCGCCCAAAGGAGGCAAUGUCAUGAUUCCAAGCGUUAAGCUGGACUUUAGCCACGUUAAGUCUAAAUGUGGCUCCCUGGACAAAAUCCAGCACGCGGCAGGCGGGGGAAACAUCCAAAUCCAGACCAAGAAGAUCGACCUGAGCCAUGUCACCGCUAAAUGUGGCUCCUUUUCCAACAUCCACCACAGACCAGGGGGAGGACAUGUGCGUAUCGACAAUGUGAAGCUGGACUUCAAAGAGAAGGCCCACGCCAAGGUCAACUCUCUGGAGAACGCCAGCCACACUCCUGGAGGCGGGAACAUAAUGAUCGAGAGCCACAAGCUGAAUUUCCGGGAUUCGGCCAAAGCUCGGGUGGACCACGGUGCGGAAAUCAUCGUCACCCACUCCCCUGGCAUCGAGACGGGAGGCACCUCUCCUCGCCUGUCUUCCUCCGGCAGCAUCAACCUCCUGGAGUCGCCCCAGCUCUCCACGCUGGCCCAGGAUGUCACCGCUGCCCUGGCCAAGCAGGGCUUAUGAGCCAGCUGCCUCUGCUUAGGAAAAAUACAAAUCCACACCAUCACCCCUCCUUUUCCCAUCGUUCCCAUCACAAGCUUCCAGUGUUUAACGUAACCCCCACAGUUGUAGCUGGUUGACCGUCUCAUCCAAUCAACGAUCCCUCCGGCCCUUCCAAGCGGGAUUUUAAAAAACUGAAUUCUUCAUAAAUCUUCAUCGACACUCCCCGUCUGUCGGUCUGCUUUUUAUCCUCUCAUUCACUCAAACAUGGACUGUUCUGUUUUAGAUAAGCUGAAUGCCAAGGUUCAAGUGGUUCAAGAAGGUGGUUUUACGAUUGUACAGGAUUUUUCUUUGGUCCUUUUUCUGUUCAUCUUUACUUCUUUUUCUUUGGUGCGUUGAAAAACACCAACACAUUCCCACUCGCACGGGGCUAAAAAUUUCAAGUUGGACCGUGACGUCCAUUCAGAAUUUAUACGGUACUGAAUGCAAGAUAUAGCUACUAGACAGUAGGUGCUAGUCUUAAAGAUAAGCGAGAGACUUAACUGACCUGCAAAAGAAUGGCUGAUGAGCAUGUCUGCAAAAAAACAACAUAAAAAAGAAAAGUGUGUGACAUGAACUUUUCUUUGUUGCGUUUGUUGGAUUUCCUGAAUUGUGCUGAAUUGUUGGACAAACUUGUGUUCUCUUGUUUUCUUUUUAUAUAUAAAUAUAUAAAAAAUAUAUGUCACUGUAGUUGGAAGUAUUUACAGUUUUGUACGUUCCCUGUGGCUGCUCUGGCUUAUUAGCAUUUAAAUGUGGAUAACCAUUGCAGCUCUGUCGAGUCGGGCGCUAAAAGGCUAGCUUUCCAAUAGAUUUUUGUGUUUUAGUUUCUUCUCUCGUCAGCCGUCGGGCUGCACCGCCCCUUCCACCCUCUCUUCUUUUUAUUUUCUGGUUUUACAUUAGCGCUGUGGUUUUUAUUAGGCUACAACAAUGCUGUUAUGCUGGCAUGGCAAAUAAAUGAUAAAUAAAUUAGAUCUACUUGGAGCGAUCUUCGACUUUUCUGUGUGGGUGUAAAAUGGCCCGGGUGCAUUCUAGCACACGGGCCCCUGUGACCUUGCUCCUUUUGCAAAGACUGGGUUGUGUAGUGUAUUUGAGUGGGUAAAAGCCCCGAAUUUUGUUUUAAAAAGUGUUAAGUGUGAAGCUUUAUAUGAAAACAUUCCAUUUGAAAGAAGUUUUUGAACGUUUGCAGAGAUAAAGAAGGUAAAGAAUGGGAAUAAUACCCCACAAACCUGCAGCUUUUAGAAGUUUUUUUUUUUUAAAAAAAGAAUAAAAAAAUGUUCUAGCAUAUUCUCUGCUCACCAUUAUGAGACCCCCCACCUCCCCUCCUGAUGUCACCUACCCUUCCAGUGUUUUUCUGUGCUUCCUAUAUCCCUCCCCCUCUUUGCCUGUGUAAGUGUAUUUAAAAAAAAAAAAGAUUUAAAAAAAUUGUAGAUGUGUGCACACUUUCCGGUGUUUGAGACGUACUGAUGACAAAAUGCUCCUACAGGAUGAUGGCAACAACAAAAAUAAAGAAAUAAAAGAAAUAAAAAAACUGGUUCAUUCUAGUCUUGUGGAUCAAUUCUUUGAAAAUACUCAUCUUUUUGUGAAAAACACGUCAACCUGCAUGUGUGGCGUGCCUGUUUGGUUAUCAUCAGCACGUGUUUUGAAGGCUCAAUAAAAAUGUCAUUAUUAUUCAUUAAA